CACAGUUACGGCAAUACAUGGCAUCAAAGAACAAACAAUGGAUUUGAUACCAGGAUGUCUCCUGGUGAUGCUGUUGCUCAGCACCUUGGUGCUCGGGCACCGUCCGCUUGAAAGGAGUCACUCCUUGUCAGUGGUGACAAUGGUGCCACUUCUGGAACUGGAAAGGAAGCUGAUUGAUAACCUCGAGAACUAUACAAAGGCCCUGGAGCAGAAGCUGGAGAUAAUUCGCAGUCAAAUCACAGUGAUGCGUGCAGAAAACGAGAAAGGAGGGCGGAAUGCUAUACCCUAUCUGUCCAAUCCUCUGAAUGGCUUUUCACUCAUCAGACGAUUGCACGUGGAUUGGAUCAAGUGGGGAAAGUACAUGGAGCAGCCAGUGGGAAUCUCCCAAAUAAAAGCAUUUGGCAGCUGGAAGAAUGAGCUGCCCACUCAACUUGACUUAUGGGAUGCAUGUGCCGGCAUAGUACGAAUUCAGAGUCUCUACAACCUGAAAAUUGCUGAUUUUAUUGAUGGCUGUAUUCAUGGAAAGCAGUACAAUGUCAGCAUGAGCGCUGCAGACAUGUUUUCAGUAGGUCAUCACCUUGCCAUGAAAAAUGUAUCAUCAGGAGCUGUUCAAUGGCUGCAGGAAGUGCCUCAGCGCCUGCAAAAGGAACUUCCAAGUAUCCCGCGGCACCUGCUAAUCGCAGAAGUGGAUGUUCUAAGAUUACUUGCCGAGGCUCACUUCAAAGAAAAAAACUAUUCAAAAGCCUUGCCUCUGCUGCACAAUUGCUUGAAGCUGCAGCCCCACGAUGCGCGUGUUCUUCGACUGUGGAAAAGUACAAAGGACCUCAUUGAGAAUGAACCAAACCCAACCCCUCAGGAAAAUAAGGAGCAGAAAGUUCCAAUCGUAAAUACAUUCAAAACAAGCUGCAACGGACUUCUUGAGAAGCCCACAAGACUGCACUGUUUCUAUAACUUUACCACGACUCCAUUCCUUCGCUUAGCUCCACUUAAAACUGAGCAAAUCGGAUUGAAACCAUAUGUGGUUCUAUACCACGAAGUGCUCUCUGCUCGAGAAAUAUCAAUGUUGAUGGGCAAGGCUGCUCAAAAUAUGAAAAACACCAGAGUCCAAAGUGAAAAAGCAGUCAACACGAACAGGGAAAGAACUGCCAAGGGCUAUUGGCUCAAAAAGGAGAGUAACGAGAUGACCAGGAGAAUUACUAGGCGUAUUGUGGACAUGACCGGUUUUGACUUGGCUGACUCUGAAGAUUUUCAGGUGAUUAAUUACGGCAUAGGUGGACACUACUCUUUGCACUUUGAUUACUUUGGUUUUGCGUCUAGUAAUUACACUGGUGAAAGAAGUCACCACUCCAUCGUCUUGGGCGAUCGUAUUGCUACUGUGCUGUUUUAUCUGACUGAUGUCGAACAAGGAGGAGCCACCGUCUUUGGAAAUGUGGGAUAUUCCGUGUAUCCCCAGGCUGGAACCGCCAUCUUCUGGUACAAUUUGGAUACGGAUGGAAAUGGAGAUCCCCUCACAAGACACGCAUCCUGUCCAGUGGUUGUGGGUUCCAAAUGGGUGAUGACCGAGUGGAUACACGAAGCCCGGCAGAUCUUCAUCAGACCCUGCCUGCCCCCAGCGAAGGGAACCUCUACGAAAUCAUAGACAAACAAAUUUCCGGCAUAAUCACUCUGCACACUUAACAAAAACCCACGGCGCUCAGCCUGAAUGCCUUUUUAAAAUGCCAACACGGAAAAAUAAAGUGCUGAGUGGUUGAUA